AUGGAGUGGCAGGAAGAUACCAAGAGCAUAGUGGCCAGUGCCAGGCGAGAAGCUAAGAGGCGCUUGUCAGAGACGUUGCCUUGCGAUCGUUCCGUCAGCCUCAGCUUGCAACAGCAUUACAAUCAAAUCGCCUCACAGAGCCCGCUUGCGUUGUUGCCAGCUCUCCGAAAGCGCAAAUUAGCGGUCGAUCGCACUGUGGAUAGAGGGGCCCGGGCCACUGAGGAGGCACGCCUCAGAAAGGAGUAUGCAUUGCGUCUUGCAGCUGUGUUUCAGGAGGCCGAUCUUCCAGUGUGCAAGAUAUUAGCGGGUGUUAGCGAUGCAGAGGAGGCCUGGCCGCGUCUGUUUGGCACCCGGCGGGCUAAGACCUUGAGGAAUCGCCAUCGAGCUUGGGAAAAGUUCCGAGAAUGGUUGAUUUUCAGCCGGGGAAGGGUUUAUCCUAAAGGGGUCGCUGAUGUGCUGGACUUUGCGGCCGAAAGGUUUCGCGAAGGGUGCGGCAAGACGGUUCUUGAAAGCUUCCAGGCAUCCUUGACUGUUAUUGAGACGGUAGGGCGUGUGCCGGAGUCCAGCCAGAUUUCUCAGGACCCGACUUGGCAGGCACAGCUUAAGAGCUAUACCGCAGAUCUGGUGGCCAGCUCAGCGCCGGAGCAGCCUGCCCACAUGUUCACCACUUGCAUGCUUGUCUCGUUGGAGAUUCUCGUUUGCUCUUCAGAUGAGCCGCCCUAUCUAAGAGCACUUGUAACAGGGCAACCCAAGCAGUACAUCGAGGUGGAAGCGAUCAAGGCAGUUACUGAUUAUGCUACCCAGGUGGGAGAGAGCGAGUCUCAGGUGCGUCGCCGCCACAUCAUUUUCGAGGGCUCAAAGGGCUUGGGUGGAACCUGGCCAACGCUGCAUGUGGGGGUGGAUGCAGCCGCACCGCCUUCGCCUGAUUUUCAGGAGGUGGCUGCGGGCGAUCGAGGACAGUACUUUGUGGUCACUUCACGGACCACAGGGCUCAGGCGCUUGCACAUGGUCGGAUGUGGACUCGAUUUGCAAGGAUUGCAGGGCCAGAAUGAAGGCUCAGGUGCAUCCGAAGCCAUGGCCUCAGAUGACGACAAGCGGCAGUUGAUCACUGGAGCAGAUAGUGAUCUUCAAUUCGUCCUCGGUGAGGCGGGGCUAUCGCUCGACGCGCAGUACAGGGUGGUGCAGCGGCAUACCACGCUGCGCCGGUUCCAGGCGAUCGCCGAUUCUCGUGCGGAGGCACGAGUCGCUGGAAAGGCCGACUUCGGCUUGGCAGAUGACACUGCAGAUGGACGUCAGCAGAUAGCCGGGGUGGUCGCGGCGUGGGAGUUGGCCCGCGACGUGAUCACCAAGGAGACAGAGACUCGAGCAGAAGCUAAGGUGCUCGGGCAGCCCCGCAUUUUGCAGGUCACCGAACGCCAGGCCAUGAUCAAGGCGGUGGUGGCAGUCCAUGGCCAGCUGGGGGAAUCCGAAACUCCUUCAGCCGAGUACUUGGCGUUGAAGUGCGAGGAGUGCGAAGUCAACGAGCCCCAGGCCUCCACCUUGGAUGCCAUCACUUCUAAGAAGAGCACUUUGACAACCAGCAUUCAGUCUUCGCUUGACGCUUCAGGCCGCAUCCAUAUCACUCAACAUAAGGCCAAGAGCGAGCUGCCCACCACUACCGAGGCCUAUCGGAAAGUUCUACGAGUGGAGGCCUUCACUUGGUUAUGCAUGGCCGCACGCUUUAAAUCAAAGCAAUGGCUUCAGGGUCUUAAGCUCUCGGACUUCGAUCAUUUCGUCAACUACAUCCUCGGUGAGAAAGUGGCUCAGCUGAGUGUUCCUACUUCGCAUCAGCCCAAUGAUGUGCCUACGCUUAGCCCUCCUUGGCAUGUGGUUCUAGCUUACGAACAUAGGCUUCGCAAGGAGGCCUUUCGCCUGGUGAAUGAAGAGGAUCAAACUCUUUCUGCGGCGCUUGCAACGGUGA